CUCUCUUUUGUUGAAAAAUAAUGCCUGCAACACUGGCACGACUCGCUUCGUGCCGGAUUCUGCCAACUGUAAGAUCUCGAAACUAUAAAGUUGCAUUAAAUCAGUCUUUUCGGAAAAGCACCAGCUAAUAUAAAAUCAGUCCUCAAGGAGUGGCCUGUUGCAAUGCCUGUCUCCAACGAAAGCAGCAUCACUUUCAUUUCGACGUGCACUUUCAAACACCUCAACGACGAAGAAGACGCUAUGGAACUCGACAAGUGCUUCGAAGUAUGCUGCCGCAAAAAUGAUAUCUUUCAGCAGCUCUCAGCAUUUGAUACUGCAACCAAUUGGAACACUCUGCAUUGUUGCUGGUGGUUACAAACUGGUGACAACAUAUCCAACUGCAAUCUUGAAAACAUGCUACUGCGAAGCUGCUCCUUUUCAGCAAGAGCCCAUCUCCCUUAGAGUACCGUCUGCAGCAAAGCAGAUAGCGGAACACCAUAGACAACAACAACGACAACAAUGCCAGGAUGUUUCUUUGAUCCGCGACAUUUGGAAUCUGAUCAGGCCGGAUCUGCUGCUCAUGGGUUGUAUUAUACUCACAGCAGUAGCAGCAGCAUUUAUCCAACUACAAACGCCUCUAAUUACGGGCGAGCUUAUCAACAUAAUUUCCUCAGGAUCAUCGGCGUUACUUGCUAGUGCGGGAAUUAGUCAAUUAAAUCGUCCUGCAUUAAAGCUCUUUGGACUCUUGUCUGCACAAGGCAUUUUGACAUUUGCGCAUAUCUCGUUGGUUUCGAUCUUUGGCGAAAAUGUUGCCAAGCGAUUGCGGGCGCAACUGUUCUCGGCGAUGGUGAGGCAAGACAUGUCUUUCUUUGAUUCCCACCGCAGUGGCGAGCUAGUGGGACGUCUAACGACAGAUGUUGCAGAUUUCAAGCACACAUUCAAGCAAUUGGUGACACAGGGUUUGAAGUCGGUCACGCAAACGGUCGGUUCUGCCAUCCACCUAUUCCGUAUCUCCACUCCCUUGACAUUGACUAUGCUUGGCACAAUGCCUGUCCUUUAUGUUUUGCUCAAUGUUUAUGGUGCUUAUCUUAGAAAACUGAGUAGACAUAGCAAGGAUAUUGACGGAAAAGCUAGCGGUGUUGCUGGAGAGGUGAUUUCCAAUAUGCGUACUGUUCGUGCCUUUGCGGCCGAAGAUAAAGAAAUGAAUCAUUACAGUGAAGCUUGCGACAGGCUUGCUUCGACGAGCCGAAAGUUAGGCUUCCAUGUCGGCAUGUUCCAAGGGUUGACCAACGUAUCAAUUGGAUGCAUGGUCCUUACCGUUCUAUAUUAUGGCGGUUCUUUGGUUGUUCGAAAUGAAUUGACAGGAGGAGAGCUGAUGUCCUACAUGCUCUCCACCCAAACCGCGCAACAGUCGCUAGUGUCGCUAGGCGUUUUGUUCGGACAGACGAUUAAAGCUGCUGCUUCUGCUACUCGCGUUUUUGAGUUCAUUCACAUGGAACCUGCCGUACCUAUUAAGGGUGGCGAUACGCUUCUCAAUGUAUGGGGAGAUGUUCGAUUCCAGGAUAUCGGAUUUGCUUAUCCAUCCCGCCCUGAACACCAAGUUUUGGAAAAAUUCAAUUUGCAUGUACCUCAAGGGACCACUGUCGCCUUAUGUGGCUCUUCUGGAUCCGGCAAGUCGACAAUUGCUUCCUUAUUAGAACGAUUCUACGAGCCUAUUGCUGGUACUGUUUUCUUGGAUGGACAUGACUUAUCAGAAAUGGAUCCGUCAUGGCUGAGACAGCAAAUUGGUUUCAUCAAUCAAGAGCCUGUUUUGUUCGCCACAUCCAUUUUGGAAAACAUUCGUUAUGGCAGGCCGGAUGCGUCAAUGGAGCAAGUACAGCAAGCUGCACGUCAGGCAAAUGCAGAAACAUUCAUUGAAAGUUUCCCUGACGGAUAUGAUACCGUUGUUGGCGAGCGUGGAGCUGCAUUAUCUGGAGGACAAAAACAGCGCAUCGCUAUCGCUCGUGCCAUUUUAAAGGAUCCAAAGAUUUUGAUCCUGGAUGAAGCUACAUCAGCCUUGGAUACCCACUCGGAAAAGGUUGUCCAAGAUGCUUUGGAUAAGGUGAUGAAGGGACGCACUGUACUUGUUAUUGCCCAUCGUCUAUCCACUAUUCGUGCUGCUGACAUGAUUGUAGUCAUGGGGAGAGUCCCAGGAAACAUUGUUGAAAUGGGCACACACGACGAACUGAUGGCCAAGCGAGGAGUGUACUUUAAAUUAAACAACCAGUUAGAAACUGCUGAGCAGUUAUAACCAGACACAUAAUAUAAU